AGCCCAUUUGCUGGUCGGUCGGCCCGCCAUCGCCAUGGGGGUAGGUAGCUUAGUUGACAAUCAAGCUCAAAUAAACGCGUUCCUUGAAAUACAAAUGAAAACCCAAAUGAACGUAUAUAUACCCAUACCCUCCAACCAAAUCUUUUCUACCUCUCUAUUCAAUUCAACAACUUUCAACUACAGAUAUUUCAAGAUUAUGGCUCAAUCAGCAAGUAAUGCCGGGAAGAAGCUCAUCAAAAUUGAUGUGACAUCAGACAGUGUAUGCCCAUGGUGUUUUGUGGGCAAAAAGGGUCUAGACAAAGCUGUAGCUUUAUCGAAAGAUCAAUACAAUUUCGAGAUUAAAUGGCACCCGUUUUUACUUGACCCUUCUGCACCUAAAGAAGGGGUUAACAAGAAAGAUCACUACAAAAACAAGUUCGGUUCUCGUGCUGAUCAAAUGCAUGCUCGUAUGACUCAGGUUUUUAAGGGGCAUGGAUUAGAUUAUGACUUGUCUGGUCUCACUGGAAGUUCUUUGGAUAGCCACAGGCUCAUACUUUUUGCAGGGAAACAAGGGCUUGAUAAGCAGCAUAAUCUUGUGGAAGAGUUGAUGAAUGGGUAUUUUACACAGGGGAAGUUUAUUGGUGACAAGGAGUUUCUUGUGGAGUCUGCAAGGAAAGUUGGGUUAGAAGGAGCAGCUGAGUUUCUUCAAGAUCCAAACAAUGGACUUCAAGAGGUUAAUGAAGAACUCGGGAAGUACGCAGCCAACAUUUCGGGCGUCCCCCAUUAUGUGAUUAAUGGAAAGCAUCAGCUGAGUGGCGGCCAACCUGCGGAAGUAUUCCUCAGAGCUUUUCAAGUGACUGCUAAUUGACCGAUUUCAUCUAGAAUGUACUCAUGUUCUUAUAUACAUGUAUGUGUGUAAUAUGUCACUCUUUCUGAACUUUGAACACUAUCUGAUCUGUUCUUAAGCAUCGGUAUUUUGUAUCUUCUCUACUUCGAAUAAUUUCUGUUUUGUUUCUGCUACGCUUAAAUCAUAAUCGUAUAUUGCUCAUCGCA